AUGCCCAUCGCAAUUCUCACCAUGCAUCCACCACUUUCUAAUCCAACAGAGCCCAAUUCCAUUCUCAAUCUAAUUCAACCACUAAACAUAACAAUGGAUGUCAGCUUCUUCGAAGAAUCCUCGCGCCUCAAAUCUAACCAAAUCCUCCGCCAAGUGCAAAGCAUCCACACCGUGACCGAGGACCUCAUCACCGAACUCCAAACAACCCUAGGCGAGGGCAAGUUCGUGGUCGACAAGUUCAAAGUGCGGCCCCAAGAAUGGCACGACUGGUACAAAGCCAAUCGCCGUCUUCGUGAAGUUGUCGAAUACGACUCCCUCAAACAGUACAUCAUCGUCAAGGGCAAACCGGGUCCAUUGCACGAUGCAGUCACCGCAACAUUCAAGAAAUUCUUCGAAGAUCUACAGGAUCUCAUGUACGGGCUAAACAGACACCAAACCACGACCCGCAAACCAGUCCAAGAAAUCCCUUUCCUAGCCCUAGAAAUCGGCAUCUGCGAAUCAACCAACAAACUCCUCCAGAACGCAGAACAUCUCCUCACGCGCACUACAAACAGGAAAAACGCCGUGAUCGUCGUCGACAUCCAAGAACGUCGCCCGCCCCCGAUCCGCAGCUUCAAGCAAUUCGACCUCAGUGCGGACGACAUCAAAGCCUUCGGAUUGUCGCAGGUCACCGAUGCUAUUACGAAAUGGUAUCAGCGCAACAAGAACCCGCUCGUUGGGGAGUUUAGUGUUGGUGUGUACUUUUGUUAUCCAGAGGGUGAGACUGUUACUAUCUACAAGGGCGAUCUCCCGACGACCGGUAAUGGCAGCAUUGGUAAAGCCAGGAAACCAAUUGGCAACGCGGCGGCCAUUCCCUAUGGAAGGCUUCUGCCCGCGCUGCAGAGGAAGCGCGAGAUUAUGUUUCCAGUGCCUGUGGACGAGCUACUGGGAGAGUUGCAGAAGACGCUGACUUGGGUGUUGCCACAUUAUCGGGCUGAGCGGAAGGCGAUUGAGUUGAAGAAGAGGUUGGCGAAGAGGAGGAUUAGUAAAGUUUGA